UUUGGUUCAAAACUGGUUUAAGAACUCGACUGAACUUAUCCGCGAGAUUUUUAAUCCCCGAUCGGGUUUCGUGCAUUUAAAUCUCACGAUAUAGUUUCGCGUUAAGAUUGAAACGUUUUUUUUAUCGUGCAGUGAAAUUGUGCUCGGCGUUAUCUUGCGGAGGAGGAAACUGUCUCUGGAAUCAAGAUUGCAUCGUUUCUCUGGCUGAUUCGUUCGCAUUCGGGAUGAUAUGACACUCGUUUAAGACGAAUCGUUGCUUUGACAGAGCAGUCAACAUGAAGACAAUACUUCAGAUAGUCGCGGUUUUUGUUUUGACCGCGAGUGCACGUCGCCCGGACAAUGACGCCCCCGCUGAGGACGUCUUUGGUGCUCAGCGUCGCGGCGCCUCUCACAAGAGCAACUAUGCCAACAACCAGCCGAACUCCCCUUAUCUUCCGUAUCAACAACCCAGGGAGCGGAAACCCAAUAUCGUCCUCAUAUUGACCGACGACCAGGACGUCGAGCUCGGUUCGCUCAACUUUAUGCCGCGCACUUUGAGACGCAUCAGAGACGAGGGCGCGGAACUCAGGCAUGCUUACGUCACGACACCAAUGUGCUGUCCCAGUCGAAGCUCCUUGUUGACUGGCCGAUAUGUUCACAAUCAUGAAGUUUUCACCAACAACGAUAACUGCAGCAGUCCUCAGUGGCAGAGGGACCACGAACCUCAUUCCUUUGCUGCUUACCUGAGCAACGCUGGAUAUCGAACUGGAUACUUUGGGAAAUACUUGAACAAGUACAACGGGUCUUACAUACCGCCAGGCUGGAGGGAAUGGGGAGGACUGAUAAUGAACUCACGCUACUACAACUACAGCGUUAACAUGAACGGGAAGAAAAUCAAGCACGGUUUUGAGUACAGCAAGGAUUAUUAUCCGGACCUCAUCGCCAAUGAUAGCGUCGCUUUUCUCAGACAGAGUAAGCACAACUUUGCUCGUAAACCACUGAUGUUAGUCGCCAGCUUCCCGUCGCCUCAUGGACCCGAAGAUUCUGCACCGCAAUUUUCUCAUCUGUUCUUCAACGUCACCACUCACCACACUCCGGCCUACGAUUAUGCGCCGAAUCCUGACAAGCAAUGGAUUCUACAGGUCACUCAGAAGAUGCAACCCAUUCACAAGGACUUUACCAAUCUACUAAUGACCAAAAGGCUGCAGACUUUGCAGAGCGUCGAUGCGGCCGUUGAUAGGAUAUACCAAGAGCUGAAAGACUUGGGGGAACUGGACAACACCUAUAUAAUAUACACCUCUGACCACGGCUAUCAUCUGGGUCAAUUUGGAUUAAUAAAGGGAAAAAGUUUUCCCUUUGAAUUCGACGUCCGCGUUCCAUUCCUCAUCAGGGGACCAGGGAUCGAGCCAGGCUCUGUAGUCGACGAUUUGGUUCUGAACAUUGACUUGGCUCCGACGUUUCUUGACAUCGCUGGCGUCGACACUCCGUCUCAGAUGGAUGGUCGGUCUUUCAUGAAACUGUUUCACAACAAACACGGUCGAAGGUCGAAAAUGAAGUGGCCAGACACAUUCCUCAUCGAAUCAUCUGGCCGACGGGAGACACCGGAAUCAAUUGCCGAGGCGAAGGCCCGGGAAGCGAGACGCCAUAAUUCAACCACUGCCAAACCCCCGGAAACUACAGCCGAAUACGAGGAAGUGACGGAACACGAAUCCGACGUCAGCGUCGAACCUCGUGUUCUGGAGAACGACACUGGCAGUGAUCAAGACGUCUCGGAGGACGAGGACUUCGACGAUUCCGGACACGAUGACGCCGGCCCGGAUAUUCAAUUGGACAACCGUGUGCUUCCGGUCCUGCCACCCUUUCCUUCCAAGCACGAACGCCUGGCGAUGGAAUGCUCGCGUCCUGAGGUCCAGGCCGAUUGUGUACCGGGACAAAAAUGGCGUUGUGAACGUGAAGGGCGAAGGUGGAGACGCUACAAAUGCAGGUAUUCGCCGCCGCAGACUCAGAAGGUCUCGAAGAAGUGCGCCUGCUUCACUCCGGAUGGCGUCGUCUACACGAGACUCGAAUCGAAUGAUUUCGAUGGCCAGAAGUACAGCCUUCGUCGGGAACGUCGAGGUGGAAUUUACGGGGACACUGAUUACGUUUUCAGAAGAGGCAAACGAGAAGUUGUUGAUGAGGAAAAAAUUCGCAAUGACGUUCGCCGGGAAUUUGACGAUGAGAACGCAGACCUGAAUUACGACUGGGACGAUCUUCGAGAUCGCCGUGCGAUCGAUGACGAGGAUGAAGACGAUUUUCUCCCUGAAACGAUGUCAUUCGACACGGAACUUCCCGAGGAUAUAGCGGACUACUCGACGCUGAAAAAUCGGUACCGUCGAUCGCUCAACAGCUUGGACCUGAAGACGAACGCAAUCAUUCGUACACCGCUUGAAGCCGCGGAUCAUCUUGAGGACGCGGCAAAGUUGGAAGGAAUCGGUGCGAAGGUUGUUUACUCCGAGAAAAACUUCGUUUACAACAAAUUUAAAAACCAGUCCGAACACUCGGAGAAUCCAAUCCGCUUGGAAGGAUCGGUUGAUCUCGAUCUCGAAGACCUUGACCCCCUCUGGAGCCAGCAUUUCAAUUCCAUGUCUCAUUACACCCCGGGGCAAUUCGAGACGGACUUGGAUCAGAUAGUCAAAGGAAAACUCGACGUUGACGAUAUUGUGCGCAGGCAUAACGUCAUCAGAUCCAAACGGAGCGUCAAGAAGAAGGACACCAUCGACCACGUUACCGAGAUCAUGGAAAGCAUCGAGGAAGAACUGGACGAUUUGAAGAAAUCGCGGGUUGACCAAUCGACAAAAGUGGACCAAGACUCGCUGCCCAGAUGUCUGGUUUCUCCUAACGGCGGGGUGAAUUGUAGCCAGGCCGUUUACGAGAAUCCAGCGGAGUGGCGGACCUCGAGGCGCCAGAUUGAGCAGCAGAUCAGAUCGAUGAGGAAUCAUCUGGAAACCUUGAAAGAAAUUCGGCGUCAUCUGAUGAACAUGCGACCACACAUCGGCGAUGAUGACGAUGAUUCCAAGGAACCAGACGGUGCUCGUAAAUUCCACAAACAGCAUCACCAGAAACCUCACCUCAACCGUCACCACAGAAAGUAUGAAAAAAAUAGACAAAAUACGACGCCCGCUAGCACAACAGAAACCAGUGCAAACACUCCCGUGAGUACAAUCGGGGCCCAUUCAACGGCAACGAAGGAGCCACCGAAGAGUCUUGCGUCCCAGGAAACGACGAUCACGCUCGUACCGACAUCUACGGAAGUCCCGAAGCUUGUUGAGGAGGAAAAGCUUCCGUCGACUGCAGACGUCGAGCAACGAGCAACAACUGGGACAGUUUCCCGGGGAAGAAAAGGCCCGCGAAGACAAAAGGUGCAGAAGGACGUUGGGGAGAACAGGACCGACACCGACGAGGAAAGGGCCAACCAUCGACGCAGAAAGUUCCAUAAUCAGAAGAAAAACAACACCAUCCUGACCAACAGCGUUCACGAGGUUGUUGCCGGCGUUGGCUUACCGGAAACAAUCGAGACCACGGUGCAACAGGAAAUCGCGCCACUCCACAGACACGGUCAUCGGCAAAAACACAUUCCCAUCGCUGUUUCCACCUCCACGAUGGCGACCCUUUCCCCGACGAAUAAGGAUCAUGACGUCGAAGCCCCCUUGGUUCUCGAAGAUACCGACUCCUCGACGAAGGAAGAAGGAAACCACUCGGAGGAUCAUCCUCGCGUCACCCUUGAACCUGAGGCUCCACACACGGAACCAUCGCCAUCAACCGUUCCACCGACGACUCACGCAAUCCUUCGGCCUUCGUCGAAAAAUCAUUCCCACGCAAGGGGGCAAAUCCCUGUUACAACGACGGCUCCAAGGAUAUUCAGGCCCCCGAAAAACAGGACGACCGGAAGUCUCGGACCCGCCAGAAUCGACGUGACAAUUCUUGAACCACCCGACCGCAAGUACAAGCAGGGCAUCACUACAACGAACAAAAACGGCCGACUUCCACCGAUGUUGAACAAUCCACUGGAAGCGAGGCACAAGUGUUACUGCGAGCCUGACUUGUAUCCGAAACGGGAUGAGAAAGAAGUGGCGAAAGAAGAGCGAAGGAAAUUGAAGGAAGAACGACUCAGGAAGAAAGAACGCAAGCUUAGGAAGAAAGCGAAACUUGAAAAGGAGUGUUUGAGCGAAAAAAUGAACUGCUUUGAACACGACAACGAUCACUGGCGAACGGCACCGAUGUGGACCUCGGGGCCAUUCUGCUUCUGCAUGAACGCAAACAACAAUACCUACUCGUGUGUUCGCACGAUAAACGUCACCCACAAUUUCCUCUACUGCGAAUUUACCACGGGCCUGGUAACCUUCUACAAUUUGAGAGUUGACCCGUUCGAACAGUGGAAUAGAAUUUCAACACUGACAUCUGCGGAAAGGUCUUACCUUCACGACCAACUAGAACAUCUGAAGGGUUGCAGAGGGACGCGUGAUUGCACGGUCGGUAGCGCUAAGGAUAACUUUCCACAGACGCAACAGCAUCAGAGAUAUGCGAGUAAAAGAAAGUACAGCAAUGCUUUUGCUGCAGACAUGUUUGUGCCGUCAGCGUUACAAAUUAUCCGGGAAAGUGAGCUGGGUGGUCACCCAAACAAAAAACGCAAAAAGUUACCAAACCCGUGGAAAAGACGCAGCAGAAGUUGGCAAAGUGGAUGGCGGCACCACGAAGAAUUCGCAACAACAAAUUCGCGGCGUCAUCGGCAUCAAUACUAGUUCCCCAGUGAAUUAAUUCCCAUAUUUCGUCUUAUUUCUACAGUCUCUGUAUCCAACCAUUCGGGCACUCUUUUCUUUAUUCCACUAUUGUCAGACAGCGAUGAAAUCAUACAGCUAUUAUGGUGAUUCAAGUAUAAGUUCAGUGAAUGCUUCGAUCGAAACAGUGCUAGUUUUGCAAAGUUUUUUGGAGCCAUGGAUCCACCCAAUUUUAUUUGCCUUACACGAGAUUUAUGGUUGGACAAAUAACGUUGAAUUCGCUUACUCGCUACUCAGACAGUACAUUAGAAACAUUUACACAAUAUACAAGGCUUAAUAGAUCCAUAGCAAAAACUUCAGUUACAGAUUUGCAUUGUAUUUCAGAACAACAGGGUCAUGAAAGUAUGAAAUUCGUUUUAAUCUGAUGGCAAACGAACAAUCAGUUUGAUACUGUAAUACGUACACUACUGUUAUGACUUUUAAUUAAUGAAUUAUACUAAUGAAUUAAUGAUACGCCCGAAUGAUACGACAGUGAUAAUUUCCCUGUAACCAUAAAUAUAUGCAUACAUUAUUAUAGGUAUUCGUAUACCUAUAAGUUCCCGAUAUUAAGUAACUAUCUAAUAUUUAUAAUAAUUAUAUCUGAUAACUUGUAAUUAAUACUUGUAUUACGACUUUCAAGGCUUAAGCACACAACGAAACCAAACUGUCGUACCAUCGAUUUUUCCUCUGUCUUCACGUUCUCAAACAGUCUAGUUUUAAACAAAUUUGAUU